AUGGGCUUGCAAUCGGGGAGCACGGCGAACCUCCCUCCCACGGCGGGCAUCAACAUUGACAUUGACGUCACCGCUCCUCAAACGGCCACCGACGGCGGGAUGAAGCUCUCCAAGGCGGGGGUGGAGCUGCUGGUGCUGACGUUUAACUGCGCGAAGAAUGUCGUGGAUGUGCCUGUUUUUGGGGGGCAUUUGCGGGAUGCGCUGCUGGGACAAGAUGGUUUGCCCGAACUGGUGGUGAUGUCGCUCCAGGAAAUUGCACCGCUGUCAUACUCCUUCCUCGGGGAGUGGUGGUUGAGGGGGUAUUACGACGCUUUUGGGCAGGCGUUGAAUCUCGCUGCUGCCGGGCAAAAGUACACGCUUGUGAAGGGGAAGAACGUGGGCAUGACGGCGCUGUUGGUGUUUGCGCUUUGUCCCGAGAGGAUUUCUGGAACGCUAGAGGAAGGGGAGGUGGGCUUUGGGGCCGCCGGGAUGGGGAACAAGGGGGCGGUGGGGGUGAGGGUGAACUAUCAAGGGCAGGAGCUGACGUUUGUGGCUACGCAUUUGGCGGCUAUGGAGUGGAACCUCAAGAAGAGGAAUGCUAAUUGGAGGGCGGUGGUGGGUGGGCUGACGUUUGAGGAUCCGCGGGUGGUGCUGCCGGGGGUGUUUGGGGAGAGGCCGGCGACGACGCAAGUGGAUAGGUCGGGGGCGGGGGAGAGGUCGAUGCCGCUGGAGAGGACGGGGAGUAUGGAUUCUAGUGAGGAGGAAGACGCGCCGCUGCUUUCUCCGCCUUCCACCUUCUCGCUUGUCAGCGACGACACACCCGCCCUGACGCCAGAGCAAAAGCGACGGCUCCAAGACAUCUCCAUCUUCAAACCUACCUCGCACCUUUUUGUGGCGGGCGACCUCAACUACCGCAUCUCCUCCACCACCCCCCCUCCCGGCUCUGCCUUCCCCAGCUUUGACCCAGCCUCCGAAAACCACUACAGCCACUUCUUCUCCCGGGAUCAGCUCACUCAAGAACGCCUCGCCGGUCGGACAUUCCACGGGAUGUCCGAGGCCGAGGUCACCUUUGGCCCAACAUACAAGUACGAUAUUCUGGACUCGCCAGAAGGGGCAGUGAAUGAGGCUGCCGCAGCAGAGGGGAGCGAGGUUCCCUGGAAAUUUGCCUCGCACCGAUGGCCGGCGUGGACAGACCGGGUUUUGUUCAGCGCUGCCGAGGGGGCAGAGGUCGAGACGGGUGUGUAUGGGAGUUUGCCUGUGGUGCAGAGUUCGGAUCACAGGGCUGUUUUUUGGAGGGGGAGGGUGCCAUUGCCUGAUGGAGAUAAGAAGCUGGAGGGGGAAGUUGUAGGAAAGAAAAAGCUCCCGGUCGAUAUUGAUGUCUGGGCUUGGGGGAGGAGGCAGACGGCUAGGAGGAGGGAGCUGGUGGUGGGUUUGUUGGCUUUGGUUUGGAGUACCAAGGAGGGAGCGGUUUUCCUGGGGACGAUGGCGAUGGUGGGGAUGGGGUGGUGGUGGUUUGCCCAUGGGGGUUUGUUAUGAGGACUUGACGGCUUGGCUGGCUUUGUUGGAUGGGAAAGCAUACAUGUCGCAGUGGCUUCAUGGGGGGCAUAGGCAACGAAGAGUAGACAGCAAAGGGGGAGGGAGUAUGGAGUGCUUGGUGAUACCCGACUCAGUUUUAUUAGAGGUGGUGUUCGCUCAUGAUACAAUUUGAAGGCUUCUUUGUGUUGUUCUGCGGGAUGGAUGUUUACACGACUGGUUAGCAAUUGCUUGUUGAAUUCUCGACGUGGCUGUAUCAACCUGGGGCAGGUAGACAGCAUCAAUCAAGUAGUAUCCAUUCGUAAAUGGCUCGGUCAGGAAGCAGCUGGAUAACUACGGGGGGCUAUUCCCACGCUCAGAGCUGUAAUCAGAGCGCUACAAGACAACGCAACAUCGCGUUUGAUAAAUAGGUUGUUCGCAGUAUCUCUACCUCCUGCUGAUCUCAAUAAAAGAGCUACAGUUUCCAUCCUUUCAUAAUCCUAUACAUUCUCUCGCUUCCUGACCAACUUAUACUUCCCCCCGCUCACAACCUCCACCGCCCCUUCCUCCACCUUCUCGCCCAAAAACGACUGCAGCUCUUCGUGACUCCACGAAAACCCCCCUAUAACUAACACCCCCAUCAUCAUGGCAAUCUGAUUGAUCGGCAUUGUCACGCUCGAAUUUGUGAGCAUCCCCUGAAUGUACUUCCAAUACACCUCCCUCUUCUCCUUCUCCUUAUCACUCAGCUUCUUCGCCCCUCCCUCCUUUGGCCCUGCCGUCGCCGCCUCCUUCUCCCUGCCCUUCUCCUCUACCGCC